AUGAAGACUCCAUCUCUGGGAAGCCAAAGGUCUAUGACCAUACCAUUAGCAGCAAAUGAGAAGUUCAGAAAAGAUGAUAGAGCAAAAAAAGCUAAUAGCUCACUUUACUGGAGGUUGAUUGAAAGCCUGCUAUAUCUUACUUCAACAAGACCUGGCCUUAUGUUUGCUGCUAGUUUAUUAUCUAGAUUCAUGCAAGAACCAAGCCAAGUGCAUUUUGGAGCUGCAAAGCGUGUUCUACGCUACUUGCAAGGAACAAUGGAUUAUGGGAUAAUGUACAAAUUUGAUGGAGAUUUGGACUUCAUUGGCUAUUCGAUGGUAGUGGACUUUGGAAAUAUAGAUGACAUGAAGAGUACUUCGGGUUAUGCUUUCUUAUUUGGUUCAAGCAUUUGUUCUUGGUUGUCAAAAAAGCAAAGUGUUAUUGCUUAA